AUCAUUUUCAUGUCACUUUCACUUCUAAAUUAUAAUCUAUCUCUUGCAUAACUUCAGAGGAAACUAAUUUAAAAAGAAUAAAUAUUUUUUGUAAUUUAGGAUUAAGUUAAGCUUCAGAUCUGAUAUUAUAAACUGUUGGAUCAGAAAAAACAAGAAAAUAUCAGAUUUAUAAAUAACAACAAGAGGUGGGUAUUAGAGCAAUAUUUGUAAAGAAUGGAAAAGAAGAGAUCUUGGAUUUGUACACUGGGUGUGCAGGUUUGCCUGUGUGUUGCCUUGUAUGUUGCAAUUAACUUGGGUCACCCUUAUGUUUACGUUAAAGGUGGUGCCAAUACCAGCAGAAGCAGACCUCUUGAUGUUUAUUUCAUCAGUGUUGGAGGAGGUUAUAGGGACAUUAAACAACAGACUCAUCUUCUCAAACUGAUGGAGAAGGUAGCAAGGGUUUACAAAGCAAAGUUCGUUGUGAACAUUAGUGAGCUGGGAGAAGAUGAUCCACUCACAAAGAAUGCAAGCCGGCUCUUCUCCUCAAUGAAUGUUCCCUGGUAUACAACUAGUGCUUCAAAGGGUCUGGAUAUUGGUUGCUUCCAAGAACAGAUCAAUGUUGCAGACACGAAAAUGUUAACAAUAGCUGGUGUAGAUACUGAGUCUCUACAGGAUUUAUUGCUGGCUGGAUCAGCAAGUGGAUUUGGAAACAACCAAUUAAAUUGGCUGAUGCAAGCACUACAGACCGCCAAUAGUAACUGGCUCAUAGUAGUCGGAUACUACCCGGUGGUUGUUUGCGGACAGAACGAGGAGAAAAUCGAAGAGAAGGAAGUUCACGAGCCUCUACACCAUAUCUUCAUGAAAUAUGGUGUGAAUGCAUACAUAAGCAAACAGAGUUGCACGAAAGCCAUCUCUCAAGACGGUGUAACUUACUUAGGCAUCAGUGAUCCUGUUAAAAGCAAACCAUCCAUUGCUUCAUUAAAUGGAAGUUCAACUUUUGAAAAGGAAAUGGAAACUGGAUUUCUUCUUCAUAGAGUCAGCUCUCUAGAGAUUGCAACUUAUUUGGUUAAUUCAAGAGGUAUGGUGGUGAACAAAGUCGUGAUCCGACAAAGAGGUAAAGAAUUUAUGUGAAUGAAUCAGCUACCCCCAUCUUCUGUAUUCAGUAUUUAUUGAUUUUUUUUCCCUAUGUAAAUGAUUGACUCCAAACUGGCAAUUUAUUGAGCUUAAUUUCA